AUGCUUUGUUUAAGGGCAUUAGUUGAUACCACCAUUCUCUUCUUGGAAUUCGGCUUUUGCAGUACUUACUAUUUAUUUAUUGCAAUCACUUUGAAAGAAUUUUACGAUGAAUUUUUUCAUUCUUCCUCUGGAACUCCAUUUCAAUGGUUAAUGGCUAUUUAUGUUCCUAUGGUCCUCUUCAAUUUUUUGAGAACACUAAAAUUUAUUGCCUGGCUGAGUACAAUAGGGAAUUUUUGUUUGAUUUCAAGCUUAGCUUUUCUCUUACAGUAUGUCAUUCGUUAUCCAAUCCAUAGUAUCGGAGAGAUGCCUUUCUUCAAUACCUUCGAUGGAUUACUCACCGCAGCCGGUUCAAUCAUCUACUCAUUUGAAGCCCAGACACUUGUCCUUCCAAUGGAAAACAAAUUAAAAAGACCCAGCCAAAUGUUAGGGCCAUUCGGAAUUCUCUCAAGUGGCAUUUCUCUUGCAACUUUGGUUUAUUUGAGUAUUGGAUUCUUUGGAUAUGUUGCUUAUGGUGAUAAAAUUAAAGGAAGUAUAACACAGAAUUUGCCUCAACAUCAAAUAUCCUUUACCCUCGUCAAAAUGGCAAUUUGCAUUUCUGUCCUAGCCUCUUUCCUUUUACAAAUGUAUGUAAUUGUGGAAAUUGUUUGGACAAAAUGCCGCAAACUUUUAUUUGAGGAACAUAUCGAAAAUAAAAUUUCCAAAGAGGAUUACGAAAAAGACUCAAAAGAUGAUAGCUGUCAGUAUGAGGAGAAGGAAGUUACUGACAACAAACGUUGGAUACCUUUGCUCCCUCAACAUUUUAAAUUGGGCACUGAAUUGUUAGUGCGGACAUUGUUGGUGACUGUUUGUUGUUAGUUUUUUGUAAAAUAAUUCUCUCUAAGUGUCCCGGGGUCUAUUUUUCAAUCAUCCUCCAAAGGGGAUAUUCUAUAAGAGGGGAAGGGGUAUUCAAUUGGAGGAGAGCUUCAAUUGUUAUUCUAUUGAAGGAAGUUUUCGAAGUUUUG